AUGGCAACGUUUCGCUCCCAAAGAACACAGAAGGAUAGAGAAAUCAAAAAAAUUAUUGAUCAAAUAAGACGAGAAUACAAUGUAUACAGGCGAGGAAAAACACCAAAAAAGAAGAAUGCAACACAAACAGAUCCAGUCGAGGUAUACUGUCGGAUACGUCCCCUAGACAAUCCUGAUGAUCCUACUUGUAUCAAAGCUCUCGACAAUGCAGUUGUCCAACUUCUACCUCCACAGAACACAGAAAGGGUGACAAGGAAUGGGCAAGUGAAGGAGUACCAGUACACAUUUCAGUAUGUGUUUGAUGAGUAUGCAUCACAGAAAAAAAUAUUUGACUAUGUGGCGAUGCCACUGGUGGACGACCUCAUUCACGGUAAAAACGGCUUGCUGUUUUCCUAUGGUAUCACUUCAUCUGGGAAGACCUACACUAUGACAGGGAUGCCACAAGAUCAGGGUAUUCUCCCCCGCUGUCUUGAUGUCCUCUUCAACAGCAUCGAGGAAGUUCAGGCCAAGAAAUAUGUGUUCAAACCAGACAGAAUGAACGGUUAUGAAGUACAGAGUGAAGUUGAUGCUAUGAUGGAGAGACAGAAGAAAGACAUACUGCCAGGAAUGACAACUCCUAAAACACCAAUGACACCCAGACAUAGAGAUGGGUUUGAGAUGGAGGACCAUGGACGUGUAGAAGACGGUGAUCGUGUAGAAAAUGUGGACGAGGACAACAACUAUGCUGUGUUUGUGUCAUACACAGAGAUCUACAACAACUAUGUUUACGACCUCCUGGAGGAGUUACCCUGGGACCCAAUAGUAGGCUACAAACCACCACAAUCAAAGUUGUUGAGAACAGACUCCCAGGAUACCAUGUAUGUGAUGAACUGUGUGGAGGUGGAGUGUAAGAGUACACAGGAAGCUCUCAACAUUCUCUAUCGGGGUCAGAAGAGAAGGAAGGUAGCUCACACAGCACUGAAUGCAGAAUCUAGUAGAAGUCACAGUAUAUUUAACAUUCGUCUGGUACAGGCACCACUCGACCCCAGGGGUGAAGAGGUUCUACAGGAUGCUGACAAGGUUUGUGUUAGUCAGCUGUCAUUGGUGGAUCUGGCUGGUAGUGAGAGAUGUCAGAGGACAGGCAAUAUGGGUGACCGACUCAAAGAGGCUGGUAACAUCAACCAGUCUCUGAUGGUGCUGAAGACAUGUAUGAAACUACUGAGGGAGAACCAGAAAAACUGUGAGAAUAAGAUGGUGCCCUACAGAGAUUCAAAGCUGACACACUUGUUCAAAAACUAUUUUGAUGGAGAUGGGAAGGUGCGGAUGAUUGUGUGUGUCAACCCACGUGCUGAAGAGUAUGAUGAAACCAUACAUGUAAUGAAAUUCGCAGAACUGACACAGGAAGUAAUGGUUGCAAGGUCACAGCAGGUGAAGUUUGACAUUGGUCUGACGCCCGGCCGUCGUAGGUUGAACCAGCAAUACAAGGAAGCCCUUGCUGACAUUCCACUUAUUGAUGAAGAGAUGCCCAUGGUACAGCCAAUAACAUACAGCUUGGGGCCAAGCUUCCCAUCUCUAGAGAUUCUACAUGCCCGGGAUGAUUACACACUGAAUCAGCUACAGAACUUCCUGGAAGACCGCUACAAACGAAGGGAAAGCCUACUGGUGGAUUAUACCCGCAAACAGGAGCAGUUCCGUGUCCAGCUGGUAGCAUUUGAGAAGGAAUACUCUGCAGCAAAGAUAAAGAACGCUGAGCUACAAACAGUCCUUGAGAAAAAAGAGUCCUAUAUACAAAAACUGGAGGCAAGACUACGAAGCUCGGAUAAAAAGAACGAGGAAAUGACAAAGACACUCAAAAUGUCAGAACGAGAUCGUCGUGAACUUGAUGCUAAGCUCCAGGAUAAAAAUGUGAAGAUUCGACAGGAAAGGACAGAGAAGGAGCGACUUAAAAAUGAUUUUAGAACGAGACUGGAGAUGAACAAUCAGCACUGGGAGAAAAAUCUUGAGAAAGAAAAACAUAAAAUAGAGUCUGAGUUUGGAGGUCAGAUCUGGGAAAAACAGAAGAAGUUGAAUUUGUUGAAAAGUAUUGUGAAUGACAAGGAUGCUGCGUAUGAGGUAUCAAGAGGAGGGUUCAGGACCCCCGCUCCCAAGCCUCGCACAUACACCACUCCUGGCAAGAUCAUGACUGCCAAAUCAGAGACAGAUAUUUCAUCAGUUGGCACUAACUCCACUCCCAGGACACGUACCGCGACAGGGACAGUUAGCUCCGCCCGGGCAGCUUACCAACAGAGGAUAGCCUCAUCACAGGCCAGCAGAAAUACUCCAGUCUACAACCCCAGACAUCGGAGGUCAAGGUCAUCUAAUGCUGAGAUCUGGUUGGAUCAUAAACCAACUGGAAAUGUUGAAUUAGCUGUCGGCAAGGAUGGAUUUUUUGAAUACACAGUGCUGCAGCCAAAGAUGAAGAAGAAGAAGUCUGUGACGAAAUUAGAGGUGAAGGAUACUAAGGAUGUGUCUAAGUACUGUUUAACACACCAACAGAUGGACAGUGGUGGGGAACUGGAGACUAAUCUUGUCAAGGGUGACGUGAUGCCAACAGCCGCAGGAGGUACAGCUGUGGUAUUUACUGAUGUUGAAAGUCUGAAGCAGAAGUCACCAGGCACAAGAAAAAGGAGAAGUUCAUGUCCCCAGCCCACUGAUUACGAGGGUGACUGGACCGACACUGAGGACAGGUGUAGGGUGGCUAUUGAGGGCCAUGGUAGAAAACGCAGCCGUGGUACAGAGAGAGAAUCGCGUGUGUAGGACUUUGAAGUCGAGAAACAGAUCUGUGAUAUAGAGAGAGAGACGAUGGAAGAGGAAUGUUUAGACUCAUUGAAGCAAGAAUAGCACCAGACAAACACACAUAUUUAUGUUUACCAGAAGUCUUGAAUCUUGCCAUCUUUUAAGAUAAAAAAUCUUACAUGUUUCUAAACAUCCAACCGAUGUGUUCAGUUGUAUGAUAUUGUUGUUAAUGAAGAGUAAGGUCUGUAGUUCUAGUAAAUGAAGUUCGCUGUAUUUGAUAGUGUUUUUUCUGAGGCAAGCUUGCUUGAUUUUCA